AUGCAGUCUCUCCUGCUGGCACUCCUGGGGGCGUGGGCCAUCCAGCCCACUGCUGCCCAUGUCGCUCAUGCCCGUGAUCAGGGUCAAUGCAAGCAGACCACCGUUGUGGUCCUUGGUGGUGGUAUGGCGGGCAUCGCUGCUGCGCAAGCGCUGCACAACGCCUCGAUGGACGAUUUUGUGAUCCUCGAGUACAAUGACCGCAUUGGCGGACGCGCGUGGCACCAGCCGUUCGGCAAGAAGAAGGAUGGCUCGCCGUAUAUUAUUGAGAACGGCUGCAACUGGGUGCAAGGUCUAGGAACACCCGGGGGUCCGCAAAAUCCCGUCUGGACGCUGGCACAACUGUAUAACCUCUCGACCAUCUACUCCAACUACAGCAACCUGUCAACGUACAAUCACAACGGCUACAGUGACUACUCGUACCUGCUGGACGAGUACGACGAGGCGUACGACAUCGCCAACGUCAACGCCGGCGUCAUCCUGACCGAGAACCUGCAGGAUCCGACGGCGAAGACCGGUCUCGCGAUGGCCGGAUGGCGCCCCAAGAUGACGGACAUGGAGGCGCAAGCCGUAGACUGGUGGUCCUGGGACUUCGAAGAUGCGUACAUGCCGGCCGACAGCUCCUUCGUCUUCGGGUGCGCCGGCUCCAACCUGACGUCCAACGGCUUCAGCGACGAAGACAACUUCGUCACCGACCCACGGGGCUUCAGUGCCUUGAUUGACGGGAUGGCGUCGACCUUCCUGCGCCGCAAUGACAGCCGCCUGCACCUCAACACGCAAGUGACCAACAUCAGCUACACGCCCAGCGGCGUGACCAUCACGACCGCGUCAGGCGACUGCAUCCAAGCCGCGUACGCAAUCACGACCUUCUCGCUGGGCGUCCUGCAGCAAUCCGAUGCCGUGACCUUCACCCCAGCCCUUCCCAAAUGGAAGCAGGAAUCCAUCCAAGCCUUCACAAUGGGCACGUACACGAAGAUCUUCUUCCAAUUCAACGAGACCUUCUGGCCAGCCGACACGCAGUAUUUGUUGUACGCCGACCCAGUCACGCGCGGCUGGUAUCCGAUCUGGCAGUCGCUCAGCACGCCGGGCUUCUUCGAAGACAGCGGCAUCAUCUUCGUGACGGUCACGCAGGAGUUCGCCCAUCGCGCCGAGCGCCAGUCCGACGAGCAGACCAAGCAGGAGGCGCUCGCCGUGCUGCGCGCCAUGUUCCCCAACGUCACCGUCCCGGACCCCGUCGCCUUCCACUACCCGCGUUGGACCACCGAGCCCUGGUCCUACGGCUCCUACUCCAACUGGCCUCCCGCCGUCACCCUGGAGAUGCACGAGAACCUGCGCGCGAAUGUUGACCGUGUGUGGUUCGCUGGCGAGGCCACCAGUCCCGGGUACUUUGGUUUCUUGCACGGCGCGUGGUUUGAGGGUCGGGCUGCCGGUGUCGAGAUUGCGCGGUUGUUGGACGGGAAGUGUACGGCCGUUGGGGCGAGGAAUGCGACCAGUAGCAGUAAGGCGUGUACGGGCCGGAAGAGGUAUGAGGUGUUGCAUGGCACGAGUCCGUUGGCGGAUUAUACCGCUGUCAAUGGGUGGACGGCGAAUAGCUUUUAUGACUUCAAUGAGGAUUAG